AUGUCAAUUGAACCAUCUCGCUAUGGUCCAGACUUUCAUUGUGUUACGAUAUCUCGAGAUAUAUUUGAAGUCCGCUCUCACUAUGUAAAUCUCCGUCCUGUCGGUGGUGGUUCCUACGGCAUUGUCUGUUCUGCUGAAGAUACGCAACGAGGUAGUAAAGUGGCCAUUAAGAAAAUCACUGACGUAUUUGAUGAUCUCACGGAUGCAAAACGGAUUUUACGAGAGAUGAAACUUCUUCGACACCUUGGAAUACAUGAAAACAUUAUCAAUAUUCUGGAAGUGAUUUUGGUCCCACCAAAUGUCAUGGACUUUCACGACAUUUACAUCGUUACAGACCUAAUGGAAAGCGACUUGGAACGCAUUAUCAGCUCCUCGCAACCUCUCUCAGAUGCCCAUUUUCAAUACUUUUUGUACCAAAUUCUACGUGGCAUGAAGUUUGUACACUCUGGGAAUGUGCUACAUCGCGAUCUCAAACCGUCCAAUUUGCUUGUAAACUCAAACUGCGACUUAUCCAUUUGUGACUUUGGAUUGGCACGAGGAGUAGAAAUGGCACAUAACGAAGACUUGACAGAGUACGUUGUUACACGCUGGUAUCGAGCACCAGAACUGCUUACAGACUGUCAGAAUUACAACGACGCAGUAGACGUCUGGGCCAUUGGAUGCAUUUUUGCCGAAAUGUUACGUCGUCGACCAUUCUUUACUGGACGAGACCCGUCCGACCAAUUGCAUAUGAUCAUUCGGGUGCUUGGAUCGCCUACUGAAGAAGAAAUGGCUUUUGUGCCGCAUGAAGCUGCCAAACGAGCAAUUUUACAGCAUGGAUUCUAUCCGAAGCGUCCGUUGAUAGAGUUUUUCCCGGAUGCCAAUCCGCUAGCGGUUGACUUGCUCUCCCAAAUGCUCAAGUUUAAUCCUGCCGAACGUAUUUCCGUCGUGCAGGCAUUAGCACAUCCGUACCUGGCGCAACUCCAGAACCCCACCGACGAGCCCGUGUGUGCCGAGUCCUUUAACUUCGACUUUGAGCGUGAGUCUUUAGAUUUAGGCAUCGAGAUGCCUAAAGAGGAGCUACAGCGACUGGUCUUCCAGGAGUGCAUGUCAAUCCACCAGAUAGAAGCGCAUCAAUAG